AUGGUCGGCGACAGCAGAGAAGCCGACGUCUUUGCCAUUCCCGACUUCUGGCCCAAGUCCAAAUGGCUAGAGCCGCACGAGGCGGCUCACACACCACUGUUAGGCUACGAUGCACUCAAGGAGCCGUCCCAGCUACGCAGCAAUGCGUCGCCCGGCUUGAGUCUCAAGGCAUCAUUCAGCGAACUCUCAUUCAGCCACACGCUCAACAAUCAAAAAAUCACCCUAAACGACGACGGCUUCUUUCGACUGCCUCCGCUGACCAGCGAUGAGCCGCAGCCGCCGAUUCCUGAAGCCUCACCGGAGCCAGCCGACAACGUCAAAGAUCCGGGCCAUGUCGAACCCGAGGAUGACCUAUGGAUGGACGCAUUCGAAAUCCCGCCAAAGAAGGCUUGCUUCAGGUCAUGGGAUGCCUUUGACGCCGGCGAGGUCACUCCGCACGAACCCAUGUUCCUCAGCGAGGCCGGACCCAACGCCUACGAUGCCCUCCUGUCCCUGCCCGACGACUCUCUCCAGCUCGAAAACUCGGGCGUCCCCAUCGUCGCAGCCGAGCCUUACUUUUCGUCUCUGCUUGCCUUGGCCCUCGGACGGGACUCCAUCUUCUUCAUCAAAAACGAUAGCACUGGGUCUUUCAAGCCGGCUCUACCAGCACUGCGGGUUUCGGGCUACUCGCAGCAGGUCCUCCAAGGGCUGGAAGGUCAAGCGCACUGGUGUGGCUCCACGUUCUUGCAGCUCAGAUCGUUUUCUCGCUCUGCCUACGACACGCUUCCCAGUCGCUGUGGCGUUGCCCUGGCCAGUAGCAUGACCCAAGUCCUGCAGGCUGUCGAGCAUCGCGUAGCCGUGGACGGCGGCAACCCCCGCUCGCUCCUACAGCUUCAAGCGACCAUCAAAGAGGUCCUGACCAUUCUCAAGUACCUGAGGAGGAUGGCGUCGAAGCUGCGUCCCAACUGCCCAGACGAGGAGAUCUUGUCCCUCGUCUACCACACAGCUUCGUCCGUCGAUGACGGCGAGAAUUAUAUCCGGUACAUAUUUCGCGAGAUAUUGCAACGAGUCUCUGCGCCCUGGGUCGAGACGAUCGAAGAAUGGAUCGGCACGAGGCAAGAGGGCGGCAUGCCCCUCACGAAGGCCAAUGUCGGGGACGCCAGGGGAUUCGUCAAGGUUGAGGCCGAGGCCUACGUGGAUGAUUUCGGUCGUGAGGAAGUAGAGAUUGACUUCCGCCUCGACAGCAGCAAGAUCCCGGACUUUAUGCCAAAGGACGUCAUCGACACCAUCUUCGAAACGGGGCGAAACUUGAGAUUUAUCAAGUCUUUCCAUCCGAAGCACCUGCUGGCCCAGGAGUCGUUGACCGAGUUGAUCCAGCCUCCCAAAGCUGAAUGGCACUACAACUGGGACUCUAUUCUGGAUCUCGAAAGUCGAGUCGCUUGCUACAGAGACAGCCUACGGGAUGCCUUGGAACAGAGCCGCCACGGGUCGGUGCCUCACGUGCACUCCAACAAGGAGCAUGGGGCGCAUGCGACGGCGCUGGAAUAUUUUGGACUCGAUCAGGGUGCUAUGGAAGAACGAAUCAUGACAUCCAUAGCGCAACUGGGCCAACCUAUGGAAGAGGUGACGCACGAAGACCCGCUGAGCAGGAUAGUGCGUGAGGGCCUCACGGGGCAGUAUCAACCCGCCUCUAUACAGUCCGACUCGACUCCCCACUGGUCACUGCUUCCAGUCUUAUCAUUUGGCGGCAUUGCCUCGGCCCAAGCUCGGAUCGUCAGUAGAGAGACGCUGCGACUUCUCUUCGACGCGCACGACAUUCGCAGUCACCUCGGACUUCAGAGGGACUUUCAACUUCUCGGAAACGGCAUGUUUUGCAGCCGCUUAUCGCACGCACUGUUCGAUCCCGAUCUGGAGUCUGCCGAGAGACAGGCGGGCGUCGCGAUGCAGGGAGGAGUCAUGGGUCUGCGGCUCGGAAGUCGAGACACUUGGCCGCCAGCCAGUUCUGAGCUGCGGCUUGCCCUCAUGGGGGUUUUAACGGAGAGUUACGAACAGCAACAAGGCUCGAAGUCCGAGGGCAUGGUCGCCCAGUCUGCCGACUCGUCGACCCUCCCGGGGGACCUGAGCUUCGCCGUGCGAGACUUGUCGCCCGAGGAGAUUGACAAAUGCAUCAACCCAGACUCGCUGGAGGCGCUCGACUUUCUUCGUCUGUCGUACAAGACGCCACCGGAGUUGACGUCGGUCAUCACGCCGAUCAACCUCAUGCAUUACGACAGCAUCUUCAAGUUGCUCCUUAGAGUCUUGCGGAUGCUGCACGUUGUCAACCAGCUACACGUGGACGUCAGCGCGCGGGCCAGCGCAUGGGAGAAUCCCGGGGCCUUGUCAUUCCGGUUCGCCAGAGAGGCGCAGAGGUUCGUGAGCAGCGUGGCCGCGUACUUUUUGGACACCGGCGUUGCGAUUCCGUGGCGCGCGUUCGAGGAGCGGCUAGAUAAGGUGCGCGCCGACCUGGACAAGGACGUCGAAGCGGGGCCGGCGACGAUUCAGAGCCCUGACCAACUACGGGAGCUUCACUCUCAAGUCAUUGACGGCAUCAUGUUUGCGCUUUUCUUGAAAAGGCGACAGCAGCCGGUGCUGACUCUCUUGGAAGACAUUCUUGCGACGAUACUACGGUAUGCCAAAUGGUCACGCCUUCACGCGUUGGGACGAGGUCAGGAGGCCGGCAGCGAGGCUGAGGCGGCGACGCUCUACGCGCAGUUCAAGAAGAAGAUGCAAGUGUUUAUUACUGUCUGCCGUGGCCUGUCGGAGAAGGGUAGGGCGGGCGGCAAGAUGUUUGGGCAGCUGGGCGUGGGCGAGGAGAGUCUGGUUGCGCAGCUUCUGAUGAAGCUCGACAUGUGCGAUUACUACGUCAAGGGCUAA